CAUUACUACCCUUUGCAAUUUCUUCUUCAGUAAUAACAAGGAAUUUGUUUCUAAUAAAUAUCCCCCUUUCCUACUGCCUGCAAGCCGAAGACACGUUCAUCGCCUGACAAUCCACCGAUCAAAUCUCUUCAAACCAUUCGAUCUUGCUCAAAAAAACAAUGGCCACCAACGCCCAAAUCCAACCCCUAGGAGACCGCUCCACAAACACCUACAUCCAGUCGUCAUCUGCCGUCUCAGAAUCCAAAGACCUCAAGCCAACCGACGGAACCAGUCUUCACUCGAUGGAAUACCACCGCAAGGCGCUGCAGGAGAAACUCAAGGAUGCGGAUCAGUCGCAGACAUCUUAUGUAUCGCCGUCGGAUGAUAUCAUGAGUCCUUGCACAAAGAAACUCAGUGAUUUGAAGGGCAAGCGGUUCAAGAGCGCCGGAAAGCCUUCUCCAUUGUUCACCAAACUCGGAAAGAAGAGCUUCGAACAGUCAUCCUCUGCCACAGCUUCACCUGAUACCAGCAAUUAGACUACUGAAAAUGUAGUGGAGUUGGAAAGAGACGCACGCGCUCGAUUAUGAUACCCUUUCUUUCAUUUCAAUACUCUCUUUAUGGAUGUUCUUUCUUUUCAACGUUGAUGAUUCUCUUUUCUUUCUCUCUAUGACGGAAUGUCCAUGCCUGACUGUACACUAGACAGUAGGGCGGAUAUUUAUUUUUAUAUUGUUACAUCAGAUUGGUUACUCUGGAUUGGAUACGGAUCGGGAUAGGGAAAUCGGAUGGGUGUUUGUUUUUCAUUUCUUAUGUCUGCAGGUGUACUUUAUUUUUUGUCGGGUUUGCCUGCUCCAAAUUGCAAGUCGAUUGUUCAUAACCUCCAUAUACAAAGACUAAUCAAUAAAUUAGUAAAUCGAAG